CCUGGGUUUGGAGUUUUUUUUGUUUCUGAAGUUGAAUCAUGUUUUAUUCACAUCAGCUUUUAGCUCGAAAAGCUCCGUUGGGUCAGAUAUGGAUGGCCGCUACGUUGCACGCGAAGAUCAAUCGGAAGAAACUGGAUAAGCUCGACAUCAUUCAAAUCUGCGAAGAGAUUUUGAAUCCGUCAGUUCCGAUGGCUCUUAGACUCUCCAGUAUUCUUAUGGGUGGAGUUGUGAUCGUUUAUGAGAGGAAAGUGAAGCUCCUAUUUGAUGAUGUUAAUCGCCUUGUGGUUGAAAUUAAUGGAGCUUGGCGCACAAAAGCUGUUCCGGAUCCCACUUUACUACCUAAAGGAAGAACCCAUGCAAGGAAAGAGGCUAUCACAUUGCCUGAGAACGAAGAAGCUGAUUUUGGAGAUUUUGAACAGAGUCGUAGUGCUCCUAAAUUUGGCAGAUACAUGGAUUUUCAGCAGACUUAUAUUUCAAUGCGUUUGGAUGAAUCCAAUGUUAACAAUAACCCUGAGCCAGAAGAUCUUGGACAGCAGUUCCAUCAAGCUGAUGCUGAGAAUAUCACACUCUUUGAGUAUCAUGGUUCAUUCCAGACCAACAAUGAAACAUAUGAUCGUUUUGAAAGAUUUGACAUCGAAGGAGAUGAUGAAACACAGAUGAACUUCAAUCCAAGAGAAGGUGCUGAAAUACCUACAACUCUCAUCCCAUCACCACCUCGUCAGCAGGAGCAGGACAUUCCCGAAGGAGUCAACCCCACAAGCCCCCAGCGCCAGGAGCAUGGUAGGGACGAAUUUGCUGAGCGGAGGGAGGAACAAAACAUACCGGACAGAGAGGAACAAGAUAGACCACAGCCAGCAAAAAAAAGAACAAGAAAGACAGCUACCUUAGAAAUGGAUUAUGAGCAGACUAUUAUCGCUGGUCAUGUUUACCAGUCAUGGCUCCAGGAUACUUCUCACAUUCUCUGUAGAGGGGAAAAGAGAAAGGUUCGAGGAACUAUCCGGCCAGAAAUGAAAAUUUUGAAACGUGCGAAUAUGCCACCUACACAACUCCUCGAAAAUCAUGUGGAUAGUUCUUACCCUCCUCAGCUUUACGAGCUUUGGACAAAGAGUACUCAAGUACUUAAAACCUCAUCAUCUGAAACUCGACUCCCUGAUUUCUGCGGGGAACAGUCUCCAGGGUUUGUUGAGGAGAGAAUGCAGAACCAGCAUCAAACCAACCAUCAUCAAGGCAGUGACACAAGCUCCCAAAAUCUUGGUAGUCCCGCAGAAAGACUCCGGACAAUUUAUACUGGGAAAGGUGCUUCAGUAGAAAGCAUGAUGGCUGGAUCUCGAGCANAUCAUGAACAGACCAGAAAAAAAUUACUGAUCUGUAGCCAUCUGCAGGAAUAUUUGAUUUUCAUGGGAAUUACAGGAGACGAUGUGAGAUCCAUGCCUAGCACACCAUCCGCACGUGGAGCAGCUUCAAUUAACAACAUAGAGAUCAGCUCUAAAAGUCGCAGGUCCAAUUUAAAAAGGCCAAAUUCCUCACCAAGAAGAGGGCUCGAACCAGUAGCGGAAGAGAGACCGUGGGAGCACCAUGAAUAUGACUUUGAGUUUUCGAUUAUACCUGAAAAGCGCUUCAGAGCCGAUAGCGAAAUACUAUUUGAAACUGGAUCUACAGAGACUCAAAAUCCAGCGUGCAAUCAAUCAGACGAGAAGAUAACAGAUAGCAUCAAAAGUCAUCUCAAGACACACUUUGAAACACCUGGAGCUCCUCAAGUGGAAUCUCUUAACAAGCUCGCUGUUGGGAUGGACAGAAACGCUGCAGCUAAACUCUUCUUCCAAUCCUGUGUGUUAGCUACUCGGGGAGUCAUCAAGGUGAACCAAACACAGCCUUAUGCGGACAUUCUCAUUGCAAGAGGACCCAACAUGUAAAGUUUGAUUUCUAAAUUUAAAAAGCUUAGUGUGGACCAUGUGUUCCCUAGUUGUUUUGCUAUUCAUAGAGAGAGUUCGUAGACUUCUAAAUUAUUGGUCCUUUAAUUUAGAACAACCGUUCUUUACCUCUGUUUGGUCCUUCUGUUAUUGGUUAUUACUAUUUCAUACAUUAUCAUCUUA